AUGUCUAUCAAAAUCGAACAAACUUUCCAAGCAGGAUCUCUCCAAGACAUGCAACAUUCGGUUGAAACAUUCGAUGAGAAUGAAAACAACCUCGACGACAUCUCUGAGUCAAACUCUGCAUCAGGGGUCAACGUCUCUGAAGUUGAUUGGAACGCCACUCCUACUUCAGACGACUCCUGGCCUCAGUCAGAUGAUUCAUGGGAGAGACAACCCACGAUAUCAUUUGCUGAUGAAUACGAAGCACGAAUGGCUGCGUUGGAUCAGGAGGCCGAAGACGCUCUUAACACAGGUGCGAAGAAGAGCCCGGAUGCGCCCGCCCCAGUCAUCUUUAUCGAUACACUUGAGAAGAUGGACAAAUUUCUACCUGUCCUCUCUCAACUCAAGAAUGGAGUUGAGCUUGCAUUCGAUUGCGAAGGCACUCCGGAAGAGGACGAAAAUGGGAAGCCUAUCCCAGGCGGCGGCUUUGGUCGCACCGGCGACAUCUCAUUCCUGUCGAUGACUGUAAUUUCAAUCGACAUAACCUACGUCUUCGAUGUCUGGGAGCUCAAGAGAGCUGUUUUUGACCGUCAAAAUAAUGAUGGUCUGACUCUCAAGAAGAUUCUGGAAUCACAUGACCGAAUUCAGCUCUGGUGGGACGUUCGCAGCGAUUGGGAUACCUUAUUCCAUAAAUUUGGAAUUCAAAUUGGGAAGUUAAGGGAGAAAACAGCAGGGGGUGCAUACUUCCAGAGAAAUGGCUGGCGACCGCUUACAAUCAGACCAUUGACCAGAACUGCCAGAAACUAUAUCGCUGGCGAUACUGAGUGUCUAUACGGCUUACAUAAACGGAUGCUUUAUAAGAUGGAAGUUUGGCUUGAAUUGACACAAGGAAAGACUGUCGGAGGUCUAAUGGAUGCCAUUGGGAAGUCAUCCACUCUCCUAGCGACUAUUGACGACUUAGUGCAAUUCAUUGACGAGCAGUCAAUGAUUCGAGCUCAUGAUGCGACAUCUCCAGGGUUUGACUCCCGAUCUCGUGAGGGAAAGGCCGAUGCACCCGCGGCAUUUCUCCGAAUAACCGAUGCUUGGGAGGAAAACCAGGACAGAAUUUCGAUGAGACAGGAGGAGUACCGGAUAUUGUUCCAAAACCAACAAUCUAUGGCGGUAGACUCUUGA